UGCUUUUUCCUCACAGCUAUGAGUUUGACUCGUUACUGCUAUGUGGCAACUGCUCUCAAACCAGGCACUUCCUUCUGCAGCAGAUCCUGGACUUUCCCGCUGGCCACAGCUUUUAUUUGGGCUGGAGCGUUCAUUUUGGCCGUACCCCGAGCUGUGUUUGCAGAACUGAAAAAUGUGGGCCUUGGCAACGACACAAUAUGCCUGCUCCGUUUCCCUGUUACAACAUGGCUUGAAGUGAACCACCUCCUGCGAGUUGUGCUGGGAUUUCUGCUGCCCUACACCAUUAUCAUCCUCUCCUACCUGCUUCUGAUGCGCUUCCUCUGUCGGCAUAAACUGAAAGGCGGCAACUCUCGGCGAAAGACUGAUAUUUCAAAGUCGGUGGCAGUGGUGGUGUUCUCCUUCUGGGCCUGCUGGUUCCCGUACAACAUCCUCACGGUUUGGAGAGCCCUGAUCCAUUUUGACGUGGUUGAUAUCAGCCCCUCGUUCUACUCGGCUCAAGCGUACUUUUUCCCUCUGGCCAACUGUCUGGCUUUCACCAGCAGCUGCUUCAACCCCAUCAUCUACUGCCUGGUUAGAAAAGAGUACCGUGCGGCUCUCCUUAAUGUGCUUUUCAAAUUAAGUUUAGCCAUUACGUCCAAGGUGCCCUAUGGUAUAAAUUCUGAGGCGGGGUCAGGGCAAGCAGGCCAGCUGGGUAUUCCAGUCAACAGCAUUUUCAGCCACACGUCCCAAACUGACACGAGGAGAUACGUCCCUCUGUCAACACUGCCAACUGUAACCUCCACGCUGUAAAGUCACGACACAGUGAUCAAAUGAGAAACACUUACGCCUUUAUGAAACACGAUGGAACAAGGAUGGAUUUUUUUUUUACGAGGUUUCAGUGUGCAAUACGAAGGUUUCCCAUCUAAGAUUGUGGAAGAUACAUAUUUCAGAUAUGCUGUGAGAAAAUUGAUCUGAAGUACUAAAGCUGCACCGAAGCUUUUGUGUCUACAUGAAGCUUUGUGCUUUAGUCCGUAACACUUUGUAAAAAUGUAUUCACUAAUUCACUAUAAAUCUAAUUAAAAGAGGUCCUGUUAGAGUGCACGCCCCAUGUGUGGGGGCUGGAUCCUCGCCGGCUUCCGCCACCAGACCAUUUGCAGCAUGUAACCUGCGCACUGUCUCCCCACUUUCCUGUCAUGUAACUAUCACUAUGUAAUUAAGGCAAAAAGGGAAGAGAUCCUUCCACUGCCUACAUUGCUUUGCUAGGUUGAUUGCUUAAUCUACUAAAAUGAAAACUGCUCAGCUGUAUAUGCAACUACACUCUCAUAUACUAAAGGGUUAAGACGUGAUUCCACUCUUAAAAUGUCAAGCAACUCUUGCCCUUUUUUAGCAUGUAAAACCGCCACCUGCAACAGCUUUCAGCAAUCACACGGUAAUUGCUCUAGGAAUGGCUCUUUCUAGUGUCUCGUUCAAUUUCUUUUCACUUGCAUCUUCCAGUUGCUUGUAAUAUUACUUAAAACACUUUACAAUAGUUUAAAUCUUAUGUGUACAUGUAUUUGGAACAGUCAAAAUUGUGAUUGUGUUGGUUUUACAGUGUGCGAGUCAUUUGUUUGAAUACAAAUAAAAA